AUGUCUAAAGCCUAUAUACUAAUCGAAAUACCCAAAGAUCGUCGGUCACGCGAUAUUUCAAAUUUGCGGAAAUAUUUGGUGAGUUUUUUGGGGACAUUCUGGAAACAAUCUUUAUGGAUUUUCAGAAAAAUCAUAAUUUUUCAAAGUUUGAAACUAAUGAACCAGUCGAGAUUAUCUCACAACUACUCGACCCAGCGCCUGAUUAUUAUGAUCAAUUGGUAAGAAAAGAAGAUCACGUUGUUUUGAGAAAUGAGGAGGAUAAACAUGUGAUUAUUAGAGAGAAUUCGAAUCAAGAACUCUUGGAGAAUUGGGCGGUAAGUUUAAAAAAUAAGAGAAUUAUCUACCUCGAGUUUUGAGUAUAUAAUACAAAUUUACAGCGUGAAACUUUCGAGGAAAAUUCGGAUGAAAUGAAAUUGUUAUUAAGUGAUGAGACGAAUGAUAUUCAAAAUAGAAAUCUCAAACGCCCAAGUUCUUUCAAUGUUGAAGAUCUUCUUGAUUUACAUGAAGAUGAAGAUAGAGAAGCUAAACAAUCAUCGGUUCAAACAAUAUCUUCUGAUACAAAUUCCCGGGAGCGUUAUUAUUCAUCAAGCAGUUCUGAUACAGUUGUUGAUCAUGAUGCUAGAUAUUUUCGAAAGAAUGUGUACAGUGAUGAGGAGGAAUCGCAUGAGCAACGGAAAAUGAAUUCCACGUGUAAUGUAAGACUGGUUUCUAAUUAUAGAAAAAAAAAAUAAACUAAAAUUUUUAAAGCUAUGCGAUAAACUUCUCGAAGCUGGCUCGAAAAAAUCACAACUUCGCGCACAACUUUCGCACAUUAUAAGAGAGCAUGCAAUGUGCAACGUGCUCAACGAACACCUAAUCAGAAGGUAUUAUUAUAGAAUAGUAAAACUGAUAAGUGGAGAGGAAUUUCUUUUGUUACAGAUACCAAUGCCAAGCAUGCAAUAAAUAUCUGUCUUCUUUCGUACCACCGUGUGAACAUAUCAAUACGAAUCAUCGACUUGACACAUUUGAAAUUCGUUUCAAUGAUUUGUGGUGAGAAAUUUAGAAUAAUAUCAUAUAAAAUAUACAGAAAACUUGGAGGACCCAUUUGAACUUGUAUGCCAAAAUAAAAAUUUCUAAUUAAUUUUUUUGAGAUUUACAAUUUGGCUCAGAGCUGUAACUAACUAACUCCUAUAAUUUUAAAUUCGACAAAUCAAUUUUCCAAAAAUAAAAAAAACAUUUUUAGGACCAAGAAACAAAUUGAUCAAUGCAAUGUAACUCUACGAAUGUGUUUCGGAAGACAUCUUCCAAUUCCACGUGGACGUCGAGCUACAAAUGUUUAUGACCAGAAAUCGAAUUAUACAAUCAUUUCUCAUGAAGAACUCGAAAGUGGAGAAGCCAGCAGUUCAAGAACUAUCAGAACACAACGUGUUGGUUUGUCAGUAAGUUUUGAAACCCUCCCUCUUCGAAAAUAUUUAUAUUUAUCAAUUUGAACUUGAAAAAAUACACAAAUGCGAAAAAUAAAAUAAAAAAUACAUACAUAAAGAUGAAAAAAGAGAGAAAACGAAACUAAUGCGCUCGUUUUUUUCUCUAAACCCUCCAAAAACAAACUGACCCGUGUUCCUCGGCGCCGGUUGGUGUUCGAUGGAGCACGCUUACUGAGGAGUGGACAAGCUGGCGCUGACCGUUUGAAUUCGUCGGCGCCAAUUUGAAAUUCGGUCGCGCCGACAAUAAAUAUGAUGUUUGAUGUGAUGAGCAAAUUUGCCGAAGAGCUGGAAUUUUUUGUUGACACCUGAUUAGAAUUUUCGAUGAAAAACUGAUGAUUUUUCAUUGACAAGGUCAAAAUACAACUAUUGUUUCCAAGAAAAAAGUUUACGCAAUCUUCUGGAAAUUUAGAUAGCGAUGACGCGAGCAAAUGUUAUCAUGAACUAAAAGUUGGAAGGACAAAGAAAUCAAAAUAUCAUCACGAGACCAUGAUUAUUGAUAUUUUUCAUGAUAAGUAUGAAAAUUUAAAAAGGGGGCUUGAAAUUUUUCUCGAAAACCGUGCGUUAGAAAAUUCUCAUCUAUUUUCCAUGAGUUUUUCAAAGCCAAUUUUCCAUGAAUUUUUCAAAAUCAAAAAUAACUUACAUCUAUGAAUAAUCCUACGCGUAAGAAGACUAGAAAGCAUUUUUCGAUCGACCCUGGAAAUCACAUAAAGAUAUAUAUUUUGCAGACUCAUACGAUGGGACGAAAAUAUGGAGUUUCCGCAAGACCAAGAUCUUUUGGUGAAUAUAUGAAUUUACACUGGUUGGACAGUGAUGAGGAUCAAAAUGAUCAUGAAGAAAAAGAAGAAGAAGAAGACCAAGAAGACGAAUCCGAAUAUCAAUUUUAA